AUGAAGUCGCCCAUUCCGGACUAUCUCAACCAUGUCCUUGAGAAGGCGCGACCGAACGAGNGGGGAGCUCCUGCCGACUACAUCGAGACGCUGGCCAAGGCAGACACGUCAAAAAUGGCAGUAGCCCUAGCUAUGGUCGACGGCAAUGUCUACUCUGCAGGAGACGACAAGGUCGAAUUCUCUAUCCAGUCUAUCGCCAAAUCCUUUGUCUACGCCAUCGCCAUCGAGGACGCUGGACUCGACCAAGUGCUCAAANAGAUCGGAGUCGAGCCUUCGGGCGACAGAUUCAACCAACUAUCUCUCGAACGCAACACGAACCGUCCCAUGAAUCCCAUGAUCAACGCUGGCGCCAUCACCGCUCACACCCUCGUCUGCUCGCCUACUGCAACCCUACACGAGCGCAUCGACCGCAUCUUGAAAGUCCUUUCUAAGCUGGCUGGUCGCCAACUGUACGUCGAUGAGGAAGUUUACAAGGCCGAGUUGAAAGAUGCGGAUAGAAACAUGGCGCUAGGCUAUAUGCUGAAGGCUGCUGGUGUCAUUUCAUGCGAUCCAAGAGAGGCUGUGAAAGGCUACGUACGGCAAUGCUCAAUCAACGUCAACGUUCAAGACUUGGCUAUGAUGUCCGCUGUGCUGGCCAAUGGUGGCAUCCAUCCAGUCACUGAAGAGCAGAUUAUACCACACACAAGUGUUCGUCAGGUCUUGUCUGUCAUGACCACUUGCGGCAUGUACGAUGCUGCUGGUGACUGGGUUUCCAACGUCGGUUUCCCGGCAAAGAGUGGUGUCGCUGGUGCCAUUAUUGGUGCCCUGCCCGGUCAAGUCGGUCUUGCCACAUUCUCGCCAAAGAUCGAUCAGCGCGGUAACAGCGUACGUGGUGUGUCCAUGUGUGAACAGCUCUCGCGGGACAUGGGUCUACACAUGAUGGAUGUCAGCCAUGUCGCAAGAUCCACUGUCCAAACCUCUGUAUCGAAUCUCAUCAGCGCCGAGCACGAGAAGCACAAUGCAAGCUGCUCCCGAAAAGUCGUCGUCUUCAAACUACGAGGUGCCGUACGCUUCCCUGGUGCAGAAAGAUUAACAAGAGCAUUGGCCUAUGAGCUGGGGAAGCCAGAUCCAUCUGAUCCUGAAUCUGGACACCACUCCAAUGCUUGCGCCAUUGUCUUCUCCUUCCGUGAGGUCUUCUCGCUGAACUUCAUUGCCCGGCGGUUGAUUCACGAGGACAUCACUCGACUUCUGACGGAACGAAGAGUCUUGUGCAUCAUCGAUCCUACAGGAGUACUGGAAUGGGAUCCCACAAAGGCUCAAGGCGAUCGGCACCCUAAGGUUGUGGACAACGACACGGAAGCGCGCGACUACAUUGGAGGAACUGGAUGUCAGGUUGUCUCUGAGGAUCCGGAAUGGUAG